AUGAACGAAGAAGCAGAGCAGUACAAAAAGAGGCUGACGAAUGCGAUCAAAACCUUGGGAAACAUAUUUGGGUACGAGGUAGAGCUCAGGGCCAAGAACAUACUCCUUAGAUCGAUAUACGCCUUUGACGAAGAAGACGUAUUUGUUCUGCAAAUAAGCGAAAGGGGAAUAAGCGUAGAGGCAAACUCUUAUUUGAAAAAGUUUGAAAAAGAAAAGGCCAUAUAUUUAGACCAGGGCCGGUCAAUAGGGGCUUUCCUCUCUGCGGUUACUCUCUCUCUUUUUGAGCAAAACACGUUCCAAUAA